GUGCGACUGGAGCAAAGGAGAUAUAAACAUGUUGCAAAACAAACUCCUGGGGGUCUGCCUAGUUUUGGGGAGGGACAAAAUGCGAGGGAACAGGAGGACUGAACAGAAAACAGUCCACAUGGAGAGGGCAUUUGGAAUAGUUGAAUGAAUGACAUAUGGGCAAGUUUGAAAGUUGACAGAGAAAUUGAGCAAUGCGUGUUUUGCAAGUUAUUCUUUUAAAAUAUUGAUUUAGUUGGUUUUAGGGUAACGUAUCAUGAUGUAACGUGUCUAGCCAGCUACAGUAGUUGAAGACUUUGAACAGAACACGAUACAGUGGGACAGUGAGCGCUUUAGCUCGCAACACCUCAGUGAACUGCCAGCUUUGCUUAGACUAGCAAGAACACUUCUCUUUCAGUUUAUCUUUACUCUUCUUUACGCUGUCGUCGAAUUUGUCUUACAUUUCACAGAUAAGCUUGUUGCUAACGGUUUGAUUCCUGUCAAGUUGAACUUGUGGUUGUUGGACAUGGUUUUCAAUAACAGCUAGCUAGCUAAAGUUAGUCAGCCAUCAUUAAUUUGUAUUUUUCAACGUUGGACGGACUGAAUAUUCACCUUUGGAAUAAUUAACGUUACUGUCAGUAAACAGCAACAAGACAACAUCAACGUUGUAUUUUAAACGAGACAAUAUGCAAAAGUUCAACUCGACACACACUAGUACUCUUCCUCGGGACGCUGAGCUUCAGCAGCGUUUAUCCGACAACGGGGGAUCCGGGGAGGCGAUGAAGGAAAACGGCUCUGGGAAGAAUCACAUCCUUGCAGAACCUGCAGACAGUUCACUCUGUACCAAGAGAAAGAUGCUGGUCGGCUUGGAUGUUUUCUGUCUGUUUGUAGCCUCCAUCCCGUUCUUUGCGUGUGAGUUGAAGGCGGUGACUCCGUACCGGAGGGGUUUCUUCUGUGGGGACCAGAGCAUCACCUACCCCUACCUGGAGAGAGAGGCCAUCCCUGAUGCACUGCUCAUCGCUGGGGGCAUCGUCAUCACUGGCCUCACGAUUGCGCUGGGCGAGUGUUAUCGGGUUCGAUUCCGUGAGGUGCAAUCACGGGCCUUCGUGCGCAACCUCUACGUGUCCUGCCUCUAUAAGGAGCUGGGAAGCUUCCUGUUCGGCUGCUGCGUGGGCCAAUCAUUGACCAACAUGGCCAAGCUGAGUGUGGGGCGCCUGCGACCUAACUUUCUGUCGGUGUGCAACGUGACAUACGCCUCGCUCAACUGUGUCCCCGGCUCCUACGUGGCCCAGGUCACCUGCAGGCAGCCCAAACACAAGAUGGUGGAGGAGGCCAGGAAGUCCUUUUUCUCUGGCCAUUCCUCUUUUGCCAUGUACACCAUGCUCUACCUGGCGUUCUACCUGCAGGCGCGGUUGUCAUGGCGAGGGGCUCGUCUGCUGCGCCCGCUGCUACAGUUCCUGCUGGUGAUGAUAGCCGUGUACACCGGGCUGAGCCGCAUCUCUGACUACCGCCACCACCCCACUGACGUGAUCACCGGCUUCAUCCAGGGAGGCCUCACCGCCUACUGGGUGGCCUUCUAUAUUUCCGCCAUGUUUAAGAACAACCGUCCAGAACUGUCUCCCAACAGCAUGUCUCUGGAGAGCCCCCUGUCCAGCCAACAGACCGUCUGCUAGCACCACCUGCCCCAACACACCCCUCCUCACCUACCUGGACGGAUGGGAGAGAAAGAGAGAGAGAGGGAGAGACAGUCAGAUAGCAGAGGUGUGCAGCACAUGGAGGGACAGGGAGGGAGACAAGGUGUGUGAAAAGGAAGGGGGAUGAGAUAAGAGGUAGAGCAGGUAAAGAGCGUUCUAGCAAGUACACACACGUUCUGAUGAAUACGUCAAGACACGCACGCACACGUAGUGCCACCUCUCUCUCUCUCACUAACACACACUACCAUCUAACACACACACACACACACACACACACACACACACACACACACACACACACACACACACACACACACACACACACACACACACACACACACACACACACACACCAAAUCACUGUAGAGUACAACCCGUCCACAUGGAGAUAUGCAUAGUAAUUUUACAGAUAUUUUGUAUAUGAAAAACGACAAAUGUUUCUAUUUUUCAAACGAGAGUCGUAGAUGAAGCUGCUAAUGAUAAUGAUUUUUUCCUGUUCUAAGUAGAACAUGUUUUAUAUGUGAUGGUGGUUAGUGGGCAGUGCAUUAGGUUAGCUCUCACAAACACACGGUCAGUCAGUGUCUCUAAAUGAUUUUCAUUGGUCAUUUGACCAGCCUGGAUGAUGACAUCAUCAGCUGGACUCCACUUCUUCAGCUUGACGUCCCCUGACUCUAAUUCUGUGGAUGUCUCAUUGACGUCACCUGACUCUAAUUCUGUGGAUGUCUCAUUGACGUCCCCUGACUCUAAUUCUGUGGAUGUCUCAUUAACGUCCCCUGACUCUAAUUCUGUGGAUGUCUCAUUGACGUCCCCUGACUCUAAUUCUGUGGAUGUCUCAUUGACGUCCCCUGACUCUAAUUCUGUGGAUGUCUCAUUGACGUCCCCUGACUCUAAUUCUGUGGAUGUCUCAUUGACGCCCCCUGACUCUAAUUCUGUGGAUGCCUCUCCAUCCUUCACCCUCUAACUACACAGCAACUAGUAGAGGAUGUCAUGGACAACGACAAAAGAGAACACUUUGUAUUCAACCAAGUAUCUUAACUUCAGUUACCCAGGAGUGAUAGGGUGGAAAUCUGCUUUGCCCAGGUUACGUCCCCCCCCACUCCCACGCUUUUCCACGUCUGUACUCUGUACUAACCACUUAUUACUCUGUCUCAGAGGCGGAGCUUUGACUGAACCCUGUAACCUUUGACCUAUUACCCUGACCUCUGAGCUGCACCUUGAGUUCUGCCACUCUCACAGGGGAGCCAAAAUGGCUGCCUCGUGUUGCCUAUGGCAGAGGUCCCCUGUAUAUUCCUAUUAAUAGCACUUGAACUACAUACUGGAACCUACUCUGAUAGUAUAAUUGAUAUUAUAUAUAUUUUCUCAAGUUUGAAUAAUCAGUGUUUUAUUUCUCUUAAUAUGUCACUCUCAUACGGUAUAUGUUUUAGUUUUUUUCCAAAUGAUAAUUAUUCAAAUUGAAUGUAAAUAGAUAUGUCUUUUUUAUAAACCACACAGAAUUUCAAAAGUAUUAUUAGUGCCAUUUUUGGACAGUUUUUUUCACGUUUAUGUGUUAUGUGUCUGUGUUGUUGAUCAGGUACGCAGAGUUGUUGUUAUUGUCAUAACGACUAGACUGAGCCAGAGCUAUUAUCAGAAAGCUAUUUCUUGUUUCCAGUUUUUCUUUUUCCCCUGUGAAUGCCAGAAUGGCUGAAAAUAACCACUGUACUCAAAAAACCAAACCAAUAAAAUGAAUGUUGAAUCUUU